AAAAAAAAUUUCUUCAAAUGAAAUUUUCAAAGAAAUUAAAUUUAUUCGAAAUCUCAUCUAAUAAGUUUGUGGCUUUGGGACAAGUUAUUAAAAGGAUGGGUGGCGUACUUAAAAAACCAACGGAUAAUGAUAAUACAGAUAAUAAUACAGAUAAUAUAGAUAAUAGCAUUUCAUCACCAACGAUUCAAUUAAUUUCAACAGAACAUAUUGAUGCAGUACUUGAAUGGAGACAUAGAACUUUUUGGGAUUGUAUAGAAUGUGGAUAUCCAAGAACAGGUUAUAGUUGGUGUCAAAAUUGUGAAUCCUAUAGAUUUGAAAAACAAUUUCCUCAUUGGACGAGUGGUAAUAUUGAUAUUGAUGAUUUUAUAAGGAAAUCACAAAAACUAGCUCAAACUGAUCGUGGUUAUAUGGAAUGGAUACCUCAUGAUAAUUUCACUGAUGUUGAAUAUAUUACAAGUGGUGGUUAUGGAGAUAUCUUCACCGCUGUAUGGCAAGAAGGUCCCCGAUGGGCAUGGGAUGAAAAUGAUCAAACGAGAAUAAGAACGGGACCACGAAAUGUUACAUUAAAAAUUCUUGAUAAUUCACAAAAUAUCACUACCGAUUUUCUCAACGAGCUCGCAUCACAUUAUCAAUGUAAUUCCGAAAGUCAUGUUUUAUUUUGUUAUGGUAUAUCCAAGGAUCCAAUGACUAAUAAAUAUAUUCUUGUGAUGGAUUAUGCUCAAAGUUUUUACGAAUAUGUUAUAGAAAGAUCAACAAGGAUAUCGUGGAUGAAAAAAUUGGAGAUACUUUACGAUAUAGCGUUAGGAUUAGCCAUGUUACACAGGAAAAAUAUAGUUCAUCGAAAUUUUCAUCCAGGAAAUAUAUUUAUAGAUGCAAAUUAUCAAGGGUAUACUUGUAUUAGUGAUAUAGGUCAAUAUUAUCCAUCAGAUAAAGAUUCUAAUAGUAAAAAAUUAUAUGGAGUAUUACCAUACGUUUCACCUGAAGUAUUGUUAGGUACAGAUUUCACUACGGCCUCAGAUAUAUAUAGUUUUGGUAUGAUUAUGUGGGGUAUAUCAACAGCACGACGACCAUUUGCUGACCGACCACACGAUCAAUCACUUGCUUCAGAUAUUUGUAAUAGUUUACGACCUAAAGCUGUAAAAGGUACACCACCAUCAUUUGUUAAAUUAAUGAAAAAAUGUUGGGAUCCUAACCCAUCAAAUCGUCCAAAUGCGACAGAAUUAGUUGAUAUUUUAGAAGGAUGGAUUAAAAUAUUAUAUAAUAAUUAUGAACCAUCAGAUAUUCGAGAAGAAUUUAAUGCUGCUGAAGAAUAUAGAAUAAAUAGUACAUCAGCUCCAAAUUCUCCUUCCAUGUUUCAUCCUCUAGCGAUAUAUACUAGUAGACUUUUAAGUUUUUCGAAUUUGAAGGUUUGGUGAAUACAUUAUCAUCACAUGUAAUUAUUAUAUUUUUUUUUUUCCUUUUACAAACGAUCUUUUUCUUAUGUAAUAAUUAACAAUCAAUCAUUGGACAAUUAUAUUAUCAUUCAAUCAUCAUGAGACUUAUUAUAUAGAAUUUAUUAUUAAUUUGUAACAAAUAUAUUGUGUAAUUUAGGGUUUGAUUUAUUUGUGAAUAAUCAAUAUAAAUAAAUGCAUUAUUAC